AUGGGCUUCGCAACUACAAUCCUUCAUUCCCAAUUCUUCGUCAAGCCACCAGUGCCCUCGUCCGAUUUCUCCGGCCAAACAAUUGUCGUAACUGGUGCUACAUCUGGUCUUGGAUAUGAAGCAGCAAAGCAUAUACUGCGGCUCGGGGCGUCAAAACUCAUCCUUGCAGUGCGCAAUGUUUCAAAAGGCGAACAGGUUGCGAAGGAGGUUUCGUCCGCGCUAUCCCUUCCUCUGAGCAAUGUCGAAGUUUGGGAGUUGGAUCUCAGCAGUUUCGCAUCUGUGAAGAAGUUCGGUGAGCGCAUCAAGACAUUAGACCGCUUAGACGCCGUCAUACAGAAUGCGGGCAUCAUGACCAGCAAAUUUACUCCAGUUGAAGAAUGCGAGAGUCAAAUAGCAGUAAACGUUAUCAGUCCAGCGCUUCUCGGCCAUCUUGUUAUCCCCAAACUUCAAGAAUCAGCGGCAAAAACUGGAAGUCGAGGAAGACUGGCUUUUGUAGGAAGCGAUCUCCAAUUCCUUGCACCCUUGAAGGAGAAGUCCCAUCCAGGCAGUCUCCUCACGGCGCUCAAUUCGGAAGAGCACGCCGAUAUGAAAAAUCGUUAUGGCGUCUCCAAGCUUCUGCUUAUGUGGGUAGUGCGCGACUUGGCACAACGAUACCCAUUGUCCGAUCAGUCAAAUGUACUCAUUACCUGCCUGACACCUGGCCUGUGUCAAAGCGAUCUAGUGCGCGAUGAUGAAAGCUGGAUUGCUGGUGUUAUCAGGCGCUUUGUCAUCGGAAUCGUUGCACGGUCCACUGAAGUUGGCAGUCGUACUCUGGUCUUUGGUGUGAAGCCCGAACUCGGUGAGGAGUGUCACGGUGCAUUCCUGAUGGACUGCAAAGUUUGCGGAGAUUUGACCGGCAACACAAAGUCGCCCGAGAUGAAAGAGGCCAAAACCAAAUUUUUAGGCGAGCUCCGUGCGCGCUUACAAGAAAUCUACCCUGAACUUCCCUGA